AUGUCUCGUUAUGCCUUGCGCAGCUGCCGCAACACCGUUGCAACAGGGCCAGCCUUGCCAAGGGUGGAGAGUCCUUUAUCCGAGUUAUCUGAAUCCAGCACUGCGAGUGCUCAGGGCUCUGCUCCUGGUCCGGCUGCAAGCUGUGUUCCAGCAUCUGGCAACGUCGCACUGAGGAACCCUCCUUCUGCUCAUGUACAAGCAGAGGAGGAGAAAUCGUCUCCUUCUGACUUGGAGGAUGAUCAGGAUGUCAGUUCCCAAGGGAAUCUGACUGCUGCGGUUCUAGUAGUAGCAUGGAAUCCGAGAAAGCAUCUAGUAAGACUGAUGCUGAGGAACCUACUCCCCUUCAACUGGCAAGGCCUGCAAGGCUUCGUCAUACUCAGAGUCUGGAUGACCUGA